AUGUCUACAAACUGCAUAACACGCCUAUCACCACUUCGAAGGACGUCAGUAACUAGAAGAAAACGUAGCCAUGUGUUGAUGUCAUCCAGAGGAUUACAUAAAUAUGCUCGAAGUAGAACACGUUCCCAAGUAUCAUAUUGUGAUAAUUACCUAAAGCCUCAUCAAAUUGAGUGUGAACGACUCAAAGAAAUUCUACCAAGUGUAGCAAAUUGUGAAAAGUUAGAUGAGGUGAAAAUUAUACAAGAGGCAAUUAAACACAUCGAUUACCUGGAACAAGCUGUUCUCCAACGAUUGAAUAUAAUCACCAUGGAGACCUCGAUAGAGACCAGUUCUUCACAUGAACAAGUUUCUGUUGAUGUUCAGUGUCUCAAUGGUGUAGCCGUCCAUAAUGUACUCGAUGACUGA